UGCUAGGUCGCGUCCCCGCACGUGCCGCUCGCCCAUGCAUGCAGUGUGUUACGCUCGCUGCCGCCUAGUGAAGCUAUGCCGCACUGCCGGUUGCUUAUUGCGCGUGUUGGGCGUACUUGUCGUGCUCGCUCGCUGGGCUUUUUCUUUCUGAAGUGGUGCCCCGCUGGUUACCGCCACUAUCGUGUACCAGCGGAACCUCACUGGCAUGCCCGAGAGGUCACUCGUGGUUUCCAGUUGCAUGGUCGAUUGGAGGGGAUGGUGGGAAACCCACGCACACGCUGCGCCAGGCCAUCACAGGUGCUGGUCCUCACCUUCCGCCUCACGUCCUUCCAGGACUUCGUCGUGGAAAUCAGAGUUGCGGCCGCUUCAAGCAUCGGGGGCCGCUGCCUGUCGUCUUCGGCGACUCGCGUUCCCCCCAUCUCGCUGGACGCGGCGCUUGGCCCACCUGGGUCGCGCACUGCGCCGCGGCCGCUGGACGCUGCCGUCGCCGCGCCCUCGCAGGUGGCACUGGCUCCGCUGUCUAUGGUUCGCCCGCCGCGCACCGUCGCCCAGCCGUUCGCCCUGCCGCCCAUGAUCCCGAUCGGCGUGGUCGGCGCUGUGGCCUUGCCCGAGCUGCUGGGUCACCUGUCCCGCUCCCUGCCCUGGGUGGUCGUUCCUGCUGGCAACACCCACGGGCACGACUAUGACUUUGCCGCCCGCAUGGCCUUUGACAUCGGUUUCAAGUGCGAGCUCGGUGUCGUCUUCAUGAACCUCGCGCGGGACCUCCUGCACCCCAUCCCCCUCCUGCUGCUGACAAUCACCAUGGUCGCGUGGCUCUUCCUGUGCAUGCACCUGCUCCUCACGAUUGUACGCGUCUCCAUGUUGCUGACGCUGCUGCUACAGGUACCGUUCUCGCUGAUAAUAGCACUUCUUCUGGUGGUCGGCCUGGUCUCAUGCUGGUUCGCUGGAGGUUCUGAUUUCUACUACCUCAGGGUGCUGGAUGUUGGCCUGCAGAGUGCUACGGUCUCUGUUUGCACGUGUCACCCUCGAUGCUUUGAUGUCGUGGGCUGCAACCACCUCAGGGCGACCUCAUAGCCUGCAGUUGCCGAAGGAACACGCUCGUCUUUCAUGGGCCGCGCCUGCCUGGAGCCGGCAGCGAUUAUGUCUUCCUCGUUGUUGUGCGAGCGCGCGCUGCGCUGCGGGUCGCAGUGCUCCUGCACGGAGAUGGUGAUGCUCAACCUGAACUUCGGUAGGGUCCUCUUGGUGAUGAAGCUGCUAACUGUGGGGUACGAAUCAGUGCUGACGAUCGGGUCCGUGCUGGACCUCGGGACCUUGCUGUGAAUCUGGACCGUGCUUGGGAUCGUGACGAUGCUGGGCAACGAUAUCGUGCUUGCGCUGCUCCUGGCUUAGGGCCGGCGAUGGUGACCAAACUGGCGAAGAUGUGCAAGAUGUGCAUAGAUACGGAUUCCUCCACACACCUGGACCCAGGAUCGAAGAAGGUUCCCAGCGAAACGACCUGUCAGGAGCUGUUGAAGUAUGGCGCCCAGGACAGCGCUGCGGCGGAGAUGGGCGUUCGUCCGAUGUUGCUGGCCUGCCGGCACGUCACCAGGCCCUUCUCGAGAUCCGAGGCCGCAACCCUGGCUUUUCAUCCUAAAUGUUUGUUUGCUAUGGGUUCUUUUGGACACAACGUGAUGCACCCCUGUCCUGACUGGGCUGUUCCUAGCGCCCCGCAUCUCCGUCGUGCUGACCUCCUGCAGGAUGCACAGGAACACCCAGUUCGACAAGGAGGUGAUCCAGAAUCUCGACGACCUCAGCGGGGCCCGCCGCGUUUGCCUCUGCGCCCCUGGGAAGGGUGCAGGAGAUUGAGACUCCGUCCCCUCGCCUACCUGCGGCCCCUCGCAAAAUGUGCCUGUUCAUAGUCGACGGGGCCUCAUGGGCGCCAGCGCCCAUCACGAGGACAACUACGCGUACGACCCCGUCUACCACGACGGCUCGUUCGACCUCGGCGUAGGCUACGCCGUUUUCGCCUUCGAAGGCGGCUUCCAGUUCGACGCCUCGGCCCCCACGGCGGCCACCCUUGACGGCAUUCUGCGGGCCUGCAGCGACUCGUUUGGCCUCACACAAGACAUGCCCUACAGCCUGCUGAGGCGGGUUCCCCUGCGCCGCCUAGACCCGUCCAGGAAGGAAGGAUCGCUC